UUUUAAUAUUGGCAUUUGAUACGUCUCCAUCUCUGUAUUCGAAUCUCAAUUCUCAACCCUGCAAAUUUCCUGUGUUUCCCAUUAAAAGAAUCUCCCCCUCUUUCCAAUCUACCAUCGUUGAAUUUCCUCUCUCUCUCUCUCUAUCUCAAUUUCUUAACACUGAAACCCUCCCAUGCUCCAUUCUCGGUCAUCUGAUAAAAUUUUAGAGAGAUGAUAGUCGUCAUCAGCAGCAGAUGCUCCCACACUUCGCACAUCACCGAGAUCAUCAUAACCAGCUUCUUCCGCCAUAAACUUUAUAUUUUACUCAUUUAGUUACCUCUCACACUGCUGAUCCAAUUAGCAAUCCCUAAUAUGUUGAAAUUGUUUCUUCGACAAUAUUACUAAUAUUUACUCUACUGAUUUGAGUGUGAAGGUACCGGAUAUGGCAUGUUCCGGUGCUGAUGCUCCGAUUAAAGCGAAGAAACGCAACUUUGAUCGGUCUCUUGAUUCAAUUGCUGCAGAAUCUUCUCUUGGCUCGAAUACAAUGCUCAACUUCGGAGCUGUUGGUGGUGCAAAGAGAUCCAGAAACAUGGUUUACUCACCUUUUGAUCAAGAAGAGUUUGGAGACGAUUACUUGGAUGAGUAUUUUAAUCAGCAAGAAAAGAAGAGGAGGCGCCUUACUGUCGACCAAGUCCAGUUUCUCGAGAGGAGUUUUGAGGCAGACAAUAAACUUGAGCCGGACAGGAAGAUUCAGCUUGCUAAAGAGCUGGUGUUGCAGCCUCGACAGAUUGCUGUGUGGUUCCAAAAUCGCAGGGCGCGUUGGAAGACAAAGCAGCUAGAAACAGAUUAUGAAACAUUUAAUGCAAGAUAUGCGACCCUGAAAACAGACUAUGAUGAUCUUUUGAAGGAAAACGAUAAAUUGAAGGCAGAGGUUCUUCGCCUCAAACAAAACGACAUUGGUGGAGAUGCAAAGAAAGUAAACUUACAAUUACUCAACUGCAAAGGGCUCCCUGAAGUGAUGCCUACAGAAGCCAAUGUGCGCAAGAUUUCUGAUGAUGAAGAGUCCAAUAUGGCAGCCUUGGGUUUCAAGAAUGAACAACAGAGCUCAUCAAAGAGUGAAGUGAGUAAUGCGGGCAGUCCGAGGUUGACUGAUGGGAUUAACUCUCCUCUGUUAGAAUCUGGUGUUUCGUCUCAUGCCUUUGAUCGCGACUACUCACAUUCAUCACAGAUUGGAGAAGACAACUUACAUGAAGAGCCUGAUUAUGUCUUUACUCUGAAUUCCUUUUACUAUGAAUUUCCCGUUGAAGAUCGUGCCUUCAACUUCUGGUGAAUAUUGAUCUUUGCGGCUAACGUUUUUCACUACAAUUACUUGUUUUUCAUUUUAAUCGUUUUACUAUAAUUGCAAUUUGCAAAACUAUGUUAAUAGUCUUAAAUUAUAAAAUAAGGAGAUGUAUUGUAAAUCAGACAGUUGCACCGUUGCAACAUCUCUGUUACUUUUUUUCAUAUGAGAUUUUAUUUUGUCA